AUGCGGUGGCCACGCGGCCCUGGUGGACGGUUCCUGACGAGGGCGAAGGUUGCAGCUAUGGCAAAUGGUAUCGACGGCGAAGGUGACGAGGGAUGUGUGAAUGAUGCCAGAGUCGCUGCUACUUUCCAGGGGUACAUCAACACAGCCUUCGAUGCCCUGAUCGUAUUCGAAGCCUGCCUGUCCAGCAAACUGAUUCCCAUCUUCCGGCGACCUGAGAGCACAGAGCUAUUGGAACUGAUCCAGAGUGGAAAUGUGUUCGUUUAUAAUGUGGAGGAGUCGGGCAUAAAGCGCUGGAGGGACGACGUAUCCUGGAGCCCUGGCCGCGAACUCGAAAACUUCCUAGUCUACCGAGAACUAGAGCAACCAUCAAUGCCUGGCGUGAAGAAGAGGGAUUUCAAGAAGAACGGCUUGGUUAAGAAAACCAUCGGAAUUACCUACCAGAGCGUAACGUAUCGCCUGGUGAGCUACUAUAAGUGCGAGGACGUCAAGCAAGGCCGUUUUCUCUCCCCCUCUCAACACCCCGAGCUGGGGAGGAUUGCUCCUCGUGAUGAGCUCUUAACGCAAGAAUUCAGCCCCCCCAUCAACACCACUGGCGUGAACAGCACCCUUGAUCAUUUUCGUGCCCUAGCCCCAAUGACCUACGGCUGUUCCUCGCCUGUUGUCCAACAGGGCGAGAUCUCUAUGGACUAUUCCACCGAGAUUACAGGUUUUUAUUACGCACAUCAACACCCGCUCCUAUCUUACUUGCAACCGCAGUACGAGGAACAACAGCAUGCCAUACUCUACUUUUUGCCGUACUACUCAGGCGAACAAUUGGCGACACCAACUCAACCAUCAGGAGCCGACAUUCUUAUGCAGCUUAUGAAAGUGGAACUCUACAGCUUAGACUUGAACCGAUGUCCCUUGAGCAUGUGCUCUGACAACGUUCAGGACCUGGAGAAGGCCGACAUAGAAAGACACAUAUGA